AUGAGAAAUACACUGAAAGUAUUGGUGGAAAGCAAUCGCUUCGAUCGCGUCCUCCAACAGGUCUCACACGUGUCCACAACCGGUGAGGAAGUGGUCGACAUAAAGAGCGCAUCAAAGGGUCGAUUGACUGCUCACGUGAUUGUCACCAAAGAGAUGACCAAUUGGUCCGAUCGACUUCACGGAGGAAUGACUGCCACUCUUGUGGACCAGUUGUCGAGUCUGGCGCUCACCACAGCUCUGGUCACUCCUGAGCAGCAAAGAGAGGGAGUGUUCGCCAAAGUAAACAGCGUUUCCUUUCCUUUCUUGUUCGCCAAAGUAAACAGCGUUUCGUUGGACUUAAGUAUCACUUAUUUAAAUGGCGUUCAAUUGGGAGACACUCUUCUCAUUGAAGCCAAUGCUCUGAAAUGUGGCAAAAAUAUAGCUUUCCUUUCCGUCGAUGUCUUCAAUCAAAAUACCAAUCAAUUGGUGGCCAAUGGAAAGCACACCAAAUAUUUGCUCAAUAAAUGA